AUGACUGACUGCAAGGUUUGGAGUGGGGAACGGACCGGGUUGUAUAUUGUCCGAAGUGGGUAUCGCCUGCUGUUUGGUGAUGGCACUAUUCUUGUCCAAAAUGCGGGGACUAUCUUAACAACAUGCUGUGCUAUUUGGUAUGCUAGAAACCAAUCCUAUCAUGGGGGAAAACAUAGCUCAGCUGAUGAGAUUGUUGGUUUUAUUCGCUCCCAUUGUCACGAGUUUGAAACAAUGCACCAACGAAUUCAAACUCCUCCUGAUGCCCCUGCUCGUUGGCAUCCCCCACCUCCUUUGAUGGUUAAAUCUAAUUUUGAUGCUAGCUUCACACAAACAAGAAAUAUUGGGUGGUGCUUGCCGAAGCCGUCUACGGAAGUUACGUCGGCUUUCGCAACUGAAGCGUUGGCGGUUGUUCAUGCCCUUAAAUUAAUUGCUAAUUUAGGGUUUUCUCAUGCUGUUAUUGAGGAGGACUCAAGAUCGACUGAGGAGGGUCGAUUUUGGGUUGAGGAAACUCCUCGACAAGUGAUGAUUCAGAUCGAGGAAGAUAGGCAUUGGCUCGACCCUCCCUAUUCUAACUGGGCGUUCGUUGUGUCAUCUUCUGCAAGUGAGGGUGUUGGUUGCCUUGCUACAAUGGGAAAUGGUUCCAAACCCGAAGAACUACAAGAAAUAGUCAAAGCUGGAGCAAUGGGAUUGAAGCUGCAGGAAGAUUGGGGAACUACGCCUGCUGCAAUAGACAAUUGUUUGAAUGUUGUAGAACAACAUCAUAUCCAAGUUAUUCAUACUGAUACCUUGAAUGAAUCUGGAUUUGUUGAACACACAAUUGCUGCAUUUAAAGAAAGAACCAUUCAUGCUUGUCACAGUGAAGGUGCCGGCGGUGGUCAUGCUCCGGAUAUCAUCAAAGUGUGCGGCCUUAAAAACGUCCUCCCCUCAUCAACUAACACGACACGCCCUUAUACUUCCAAUACCGUAGAUGAACAUCUUGACAUGCUGAUAGUUUGUCAUCACCUCAACAAAGACAUUCCUGAAUAUGUAGCGUUUGCGAAAUCAAGGAUUAGGGUGGAAACCAUUGCUGCCGAAGACAUAUUGCAUGAUAUUGGGGCAAUCAGCAUUAUAUCUUCUGGUUCGCAGGCUAUGAGUCGCAUCGGCGAGGUGAUAAGCAGAACUUGGCAAACCGCGGACAAGAUGAAAUCACAAAGGGGUCCACUUAAUAGCGAACUAGCUUCCAAUCUAAGAAUCAAACGGUACAUUGCAAAAUACACCAUAAAUCCAGCCAUUGCUAAUGGCAUUGCAGAAUUCGUCGGUUCGAUCGAGGUGGGAAAGUUGGCUGAUCUUGUUUUAUGGAAACCGGCCCUUUUUGGGGCGAAACCUGAAAUGGUAAUCAAAGGCGGUGUUAUUGCUUGGGCUAACAUGGGAGAUGCUAAUGCAAGCAUACCAACACCCGAACCGGUGUUAUCAAGGCCAAUGUUUGGAGCAUUCGGCAAGGCUGCAAGUGCUAACUCCAUCGCUUUUGUCAGCAAGGCUGCUUUAGAUAACGGAGUUAAGAGUCGUAUGGACCGAAGAAGAGAGUGGAAACUGUCCGCAAUACCAUAGGUCUAACCAAGCCUGACAUGAAG